GCACCUUGAAGACUUGACCAUUAUAGAAAGAAAUGUAGACGCCUCAGCACUACUCACUGAUUAUUUAAUUGCUCCUGCAGUUAAGCACAAUAUCUCGAAUAUAGAUAAGUGAGAGGCGUAAAAGUAAUCUAGAAGUGUUGGAAGGCGGGGUUUGGUAGGAGCAGAUAUGCUGAUAUGCCUUCGGUAGCACAGACUGAGUAUGGCAUCAAGGAUGUCUGGAACAGCAAUCUGGAAGAAGAGUUUAAAAAGAUCCGCCAUGUCAUUCAACGAUACAGAUUUGUUGCCAUGGAUACAGAAUUUCCGGGAGUUGUAGCACGGCCUAUAGGAGAGUUUAGAAGCACAUCAGACUAUCAGUAUCAACUUCUUCGAUGCAAUGUAGACUUACUAAAAAUUAUCCAGGUGGGCCUUACUUUUAUGGAUGAAAAUGGACAGACGCCAUCCCCUAUAUCUACAUGGCAGUUCAAUUUCAGAUACAAUUUAACAGAAGAAAUGUAUGCUCAGGAGUCAAUAGACUUGCUACAACAUUCAGGCAUUCAGUUCAAGAAGCAUGAGGAAGAAGGCAUAGAUGUGAACGACUUUGCUGAAUUGUUAAUGACAUCAGGAAUAGUGCUAAGUGACCAAGUCAAAUGGCUUUCAUUUCACAGUGGUUAUGACUUUGGUUACCUCUUGAAGAUUUUAACCAAUACACAGUUACCAGCGGAGGAGGUCGAUUUCUUUGAAUAUCUGAGAAUUUACUUUCCGAACAUCUAUGAUGUCAAGUAUCUGAUGAAGAGUUGUAAAAAUUUAAAAGGAGGUUUACAGGAAGUUGCAGAACAGUUAGAGAUUACAAGGAUCGGCCCUCAACAUCAGGCUGGAAGUGAUAGUUUACUAACAGGAGCUGCUUUCUUCAAAAUGAGAGAGAUGUUCUUUGAGGACAAUAUUGAUGAUGCCAAAUAUUGUGGACACCUUUAUGGACUUGGUACUUCUUAUGUUCAGAAUGGCUCAGGAUAUGAAAGUUUGACAAGUUAUCAAAACCACAAUUCCACGCCCACAGUGGAAGAUUCCAACUCAGUGUCAGCAAGUUCAUAGAGCAAUCAGAACAUUCUUCUGCACUUUGCAGUCAGCACCCAGGAAAAGAAAAUGGCAGCAUUUUCAUGGAUCACAACACUUUGUGGCAGCUAGAAGGAGGAAAGAUUCAAUAUUUUAGUCCUUGAUCUUCAAGUCUUCUCUUAAAUCAGCGACAGUGUUUCUGUGAGAGAGUCAGUGUCAGCUGAAUGAAUUGUUUUAAUUAGUAUCUCGAUUUACUUCAUUGGUUUUGAAUCUCUGUACAUGCAGUGCAAGGUGAAAUGAUUGACUUUUUUUUUUUUUCAAAAUAAUUGGUAACUUAAGAUACUGUUUGCCUUAAAGCAUUUUAUAGCAGAGUAUUUAUGGUUUUCCAUUUCAACAUGAAAAAUUAAGAGUAUUUAUUAAAGCAUAAAGUGUCUCAGGCUCUCAUUUGGAAAGGCUGGCAACCCUACAAAAAUGAAUGGACAAAAAUUUAGAAUGACUUUUUAAAAUUUUAAGACUGGUUCCUCAAUGUUUAAAAGAUAUUUUUUUUUACCACAAAAGAUAUUUAAAAGCUCAUUUUAAGAUUGACUUUCCUAUGCCUUUUCUAGUAAUCCUGGCAAGUGAUGCCAUUUUCUUUGCUUUGGUAGAGGGCUGCCAAUUUUGCCAAUUUUUAAUAAGGUUUUUUCUCCAUUUUUGAUAUUCUUUGUGAACAAGAGAACUAAAACUGUGUUAACAAGUUUGUAUAUAAAUCUUUUGGUAAUUUUUUACAAAGAGUAUUCAAAAUUUGAGAAAAGCCAUUACACCUGUGCUCCUGUCUAUCUGUAUAAAGGCAUGAGGUUCAUUGUCAGAAAUCUACUGUAUACAUGUUCAAAUGGGGCCACAAAUACAUGUAUCCUAUUUUGUCCUUUCUUUUGCAUUGAAAAAAAUAUAUAUAUUUCCAAGAAUUUUCUACAUUUUGCUUGUACCCUUCUCUUGCAUUGCAGCACUGUAUUUAAUGAAAUUGAUUAAUAAUGCCAUGAAAACAUGUAAUGUGUGGAUAAUGAAUUUUUCUUUGGAAAGUUAAUAAUCUAAAAUUCCAUUUGAUAGUCAAUGUUUGACAUAUAAAGGGAAUGUGAUAUUACAUGACUUUGCUUUUAAUUAUCUUUGUUAGUAUCUUUUUAACAGUAGAAUCUGUGAUCUGUCAUUGUGCAAUUUUCAUAUACAAUGUUAAAUCUGAUGUUACUCUUUAUUUUUUAUGAAGAAAAGAUGGACACAAACAUUGCAGGUGAAAAUUUAAAGUUAAAAGAGUCAGAUUUAUAUUUUUUUUUUCUUUUUCACUGACAAAUUGAUUUUUAUUAUUUUGUAUCUUGUCCAUGACGAUAUUGAGACAGACUGGAGAUUGAAAAAAGUAGUAUGAUGUUUGGAACAUUCAUUCUCAACUGGAAUUUUAGAGAAGCAGUCUGUCAUAAUAUAAUCAUUGUAGUCCAAAAAUUUCAAAAGGAAAUCAAAAGGAAAAUAUUGACAUGUUUUACAUAUUUCAAAGAAAAACAUAACAACACUUUUAAUGCAUACAUUCUCUACUUUUUUGUUGUUUUUAAUUUUAUAAGACAUCAGCCAAACUUGUGGUUGUCAGUUAAAAGCCAUUAAUGGAUUUAGCUGUCAAACCAGAGAAAGAUUUUUAAAUGUUUUUUAAACAACAGUUUUAAUUACCAGCAUCAAAUGUCAAGGUACUUUUUCAAAUAUUAGUAUCGAAGAUGCUGUACGUGAAAAUUUAGCUUGUCAAAGAUGGUGCGUAUUGUGAGUAAUGCUUUGGAGACAGUUAUUUGCUCAGUGUGUUUAAGUCAUGUAAUUUGGUUUCUAUUGUGUUAUUCUCAAAAUGGAUAUGGUCAGAGUUUUCCUAUUUUAGAAUCCAAAGGGCUUUCAUUACAUAUUUUGUCAUUAAAAUAGACAGCUUUGAUCAUAUCCUUCAUUCAGAAUUAAUUUUUAUUUUUCGAAAGUCAACACAUCUAUAGGUCAUUGUAUACAGUUGUUUUUUAAUUGAAUUUUUAUUUUAACAUUUUCCCAACUAUCUGUGUAGUUUUCAUAUUUUGUUACCAUAGAAACCCUGAAACUUGAUCUCAAUGUAAUACAAGUUUAUAGUUUGCUUUUAUUUCAUCAUAUUAAAAUCCAUAAAAAAUAAUACAGGUUAACUUCUUUGUUUUAAGUCUUUUUUUUAAACAUGUCUCUUGCAUUCAUGUUUGUUUUAUUGACAUACAUAAUUGAUUUUUUUUGUCCUUAUAUACAAUUUAUGUGAUGUGUUGGUAAUUUUCAAUCUCUUGUUGGAUGUAGAGAACUGAUUUCAUUAAUAAGUAAAUGAUUUUUUCCCUCUUGAUUAAUUUGAGACUGUGAUCUAUUUUAAGUUUCAAAAUGUGUUGAAAGUUUUAAUGGGUUGUCAGGCUGAAAUUGUACAUUGAAAUGAUGCUAGAAUGUUCAAUACUAAGGACAGUUUUACAUGCAUUAUGGAUGAAAGUGCUAUUUUAAUUGUCAAUGUAUAAUUCACCACAAAACUCUGACAUCCAAAGUUAGAACUGUUGUUUAUAUUAGGUACUGUUACACUGGAAUGGCUCCCCCUCCAACCAGCCACUUGAUAUUUGUUUGGUGUCAGAAGUCUUUUUUAUCAUGAUGCAUUAUAUGCAAAAUUUUAUCAUAAAUUCAUGUAUGUAUGUUCUUAGUGUUUUCGUACCAUCUCUAUCUUUUGAUUUUUAUUGUGAAUCAAAUUGACUAUGUGUACUUUUUUUGUAUUCAAAGUCUGUUAAAAUUAGAAAUUAAUUUUUUUAAAUCAAAUUCUAAAAAUAGUGUACACAUUUUCAAAGUAUUUAUUUAUUUACUUUGGAAAUUAAUAAAAAGAGAAGUUGAAAGAUUUCUAAAGUUUGGAUACCUGCAGUAGGUGUGAUGAGUGUUUUCAAAUUUUAGAAAGGACCAUUGUAAAAAUAUUGCUGGCAAAUAUUUUGCAAAGUGAAGUAAGGAUUUAUUUCACACAUAACUAUUUUGAUCAAAUUGAAAUGAUGUUUUAAGGUAUGUUUCAUUGUUAGAUUCUGAAAUUUUUCCAUUAUAAACUCAACGUAUGUUUAAAUUAGCUUAAUUUAGUAACUGUUUUCUCAAACUUGAAUUUAGAUCUCAGUGAUCACUUUUUUUGGUUUGUUUGUGUUGACAAUUACAUUGGUGUGUUCUUUGUUUUCAUUGGAGGGGGAGGGAUAUGAUGUAUGUUGGGCUGAUGUCUUGCUGUACAUUUUGUGUGUGGCCCCUUAUUAUUUUACUGUCGUCUAGAUGUAAUGGAACUGGUUGUCUUUUUAUGAAUUGUAAAUAAAUAUGUCAUGGGGAUGACCAGUCCAAUGAUAGCAUAAA